UGUCUUGAACUGCAGUCGGACGAGUUUUCUUGAAGCGCAGCAGGCUCACUGGGGCUCUCAAUGGAAAUAUCUCUGAAAACAAAACAGUAAGGCGUCUAACUUUAUCAUUCCCGGCAGUUUAUGCGGAUGAAACUUUCCACAACAUAAGAAACGAUGGCUCUGCGAGCUUGUGGGUUUAUAGUGUUUCGUCGCCUCGCCGGCCUCAACCCCCCUCCGGGGAAUAUCGAGUAUCUCCUCUUGCAGACGUCCUACGGGCAGCACCACUGGACCCCACCCAAAGGUCACGUUGACCCAGGUGAGGAUGACCUCACCACGGCUCUAAGGGAGACCAAGGAGGAAGCAGGGUUGGGGGCGGAGCAUCUGAAGGUUAUAGACGGCUUCGUGCAGGAGCUGCGCUACGAGGUUCGCGGCAGACCCAAAGAGGUGCUGUACUGGCUGGCCGAGCUGAGAAACCCGGAGGCGGCGGUGACGCUGUCCGACGAGCACCGGGACUACCGCUGGGUCCCACUGGAGGAGGCCUGCAGCCUGGCGGGCUACAAAGACCUGCAGGAGACCCUGAGGGCCGCUCAGAGACACUUGGAGGCGCAGCGGGACUAAAACUGAGGAAAGAUCAUUCAGAUAAAGUUUGCGUAGGGUUUAAGUUAAAUAUUCUUCUCCCUCUGCGUCCAUAGAUUCUGCACUUCAAUCUACUGAGAAGUGGAAAGGAAAUGAGUAAAUAUAAAACGCAGUUUUCAAAUGGUGAUUUCAUGCAUCUUUGAACUAAACGAACAGUUGCGAUGACACAAUUCAAGUGACCGGGCAAUGAGUUUUAAAGUUAGCUUUUCUUUCUUUUAAUAAGUGAAACUAUCAUAAAAAAAUCUUUUUAUGUUUACUGUUACAAUCGUCUCUUAAUAAUCUGGAACAAAAACGUAUAUGACCUGACCUGUAAUGGGCAGCGACUUCUUACGCCGUAUCUACAAAUCUGGGUUGCCUUGGAAACACGUUUAUGUGUAUGUGAUGGUAUACUUUAUGUACAGGUAGUUAAAUUGGAUUUAGUCACAUGAGGAUCCAUAAGUAAAAACAUUUUAAUGAAAGAAGAAACUCAACACGGUCAGACCUUUGAGAGAAAAAAAAUUAUUAUAAAAUUAUUGUCAGUUGUAAACAUUUGAUUGUACCACAAGGGGGAGACAAACACAACGCCACGAAGCUUAAAGAAUAUUUCACCUUGUUGACAAUUAAAAGAUUAAUGUUGCACAGAAGAUAAGCAGGCAGCUUCAUUACUGUGAACAUAUAACAUGUAAGAAAUAGUGGCCUUAUUGAAAGGAAGUGUGUUUUUAUUUCACAUAGGUGUUUCAUCUAAUCAAAAACAAAGAUCUUUUGCGUGUGUAAUGAGAAGGAAAAUAUUCUCAAGAUGCCACUGAUGAGGAUAGCCAUGACCCGAAUGACUGAAAAUACACACUAAACGAGUGGAAUGUUGCUAAUGGUUUAACAAAAACAACAACAUUGGGAUAGCAUUGAACCUGUUUGCCAAUUUUGUUAUGAAACUGAGUUGUGUAAGCUAGGUCAUCAAUAUAUUUCUAUGUGUUUUCUCUAUUUGAAUCGAUGUGCCAGCUUCAAAUACAGGUUCCUACAAGUUUGUUUUCGAGUGAAUCUUCAAGCAUUUUCUCCAGUAUUUUUGAUCAUAUUCUGAUAUUUUUGGGACAAAAUAUUUACCUCAUUUAUUUUUAUAAUCCUGUUCUAAAUAAGUUAUGAAACCACAACAUACUGAUGCGUAGUAAAAUCAUCUGGACAAACUUAGAUUAGUCCCUCUUCAAAAUGUAGAGUAUUUAAAGACUUCUGGAGAAGUAUAUGUUUAAUUGUACAUUAGAAAUGUAUUUAAAUCGGGUUUUAUCAUGUGGGAUCACUUUAUUCAUUUUGCAAAAUGUUUGGCAUUUAAAUCAGGCAAAGUUUAGGAACAGCAGAUCAAAUUUAAAGUGCAAUCAAAAAAAGGUCAAAUCCUUAGCUUUUAUUUCAGUAUUUUCUUAUUUUAUAAAGUAUUAGGUUACAACGCCUAAUUAACAUUUUUGGAUAUAUAAAACAAAUGAAUGAGAAACACACAACAGUGCAAACUGCAACAUUAAAGUUAAUGUACAAAAAUGACAGAAGAUCCUAACUUAAUAUUCAAUUUGACUUCAGGAUUAUAAUCAAACUUUUUCAAAGAAAUUUGUUCAAUUUAAAAUCUUUCAGCUUUUUGUCUGGAUAUAUUCAUUUAAUACUUUUUUUUUUCAAUGAGUUUCUUAAUCUUUACACUUAAAGGACAAAAUUUCUUUUCCUAAUGUUACCAAACCAGCAGAUACAGGAAAUAUUCACUGUAGGCUUAACUAGUUUGCUAUCCAUUGCUUAGAAAUAUUUAAGUUAACAAACCCCCAGAUGAACUCAGAGCUCUUCUCAUUGCAAUGGCACAGUUUUAUCUGCAUCCUUUUACUGUCACCAUGUAAUUACACAAAAGUUAAACUGAAAUUAAGCACUUAAUUUGCCACCUAAUGUGGCAUUUUGACUUCUAUCAUUUUGAAAUAAAAGCAACUGAUUCAAAAAUUAAAAAAAAAAAAAAA